AUGUCUCAGCCUCCCCAGUCCCCAGCCCAGGCGCAGCAGAGGAGGAGGGGGGAUCGGCGCAUCUUCUCCGGCACUUGCCCGGACCCCCAGUGCCGGGCCCGGCUCUUCUUCCCGGCUCAGGGCUCGGCCAGCAUCGAAUGCACGGACUGCGGCCAGAGACACGAGCAGAGGCAGUUGCUGGAGGUGGAAGAGGUAACCGAACCGGACGUGGUGCUGCACAACCUGCUGAGGAACGCCCUGCUCGGUGUGGCCGGGCCCCCACGCAGGAACACUACCUCAGACAUGGUGAAAGUCAUGGGGCUCUCCAACUACCACUGCAAGCUGCUCUCCCCCAUCCUGGCCCGCUAUGGCAUGGACAAGCAGACUGGCAAGGCCAAGCUGCUGAGGGAGAUGAACCAGGGGGAGGUCUUUGACUGCUCCUUGUUGGGGGACCGGGCCUUCCUCAUCGAACCCGAACAUAUCGACACCGUGGGCUACGGCAAAGAUCGCUCCGGCAGCCUCCUCUACCUACACGACACCCUAGAAGACAUCAAGAAGGCCAACAACAACCAGGAGUCGCUGAUCCCCAUCCACGUGGAUGGAGAUGGCCACUGCCUGGUGCACGCCGUGUCCCGGGCCCUGGUGGGAAGAGAACUCUUCUGGCACGCCUUACGGGAGAACCUCAAGAAGCACCUGAAGGAGAACUUGGACAGGUACAAAGCCCUCUUCCACGACUUCAUCGAUUCGGCGGAAUGGGAGGACAUUAUCAACGAGUGCGACCCUUUGUUUGUGCCUCCUGAAGGCGUACCCCUGGGUCUGAGGAACAUCCACAUCUUCGGGCUCGCCAAUGUCCUUCACCGACCUAUCAUUUUGCUGGAUUCCUUAAGCGGAAUGAGAAGUUCCGGGGAUUACUCGGCCACGUUUCUUCCAGGUUUGAUACCAGUGGAGACCUGCAAAGGCAAAGAUGGACAGUUCAACAAGCCAAUAUGCAUAGCCUGGAGUAGCUCAGGUCGCAAUCAUUACAUACCGUUGGUGGGCAUCAAAGGCUCUUCCCUACCCAAACUGCCCUUAAAAUUGCUUCCCAAGGCCUGGGGUGUCCCGCAGGAUUUAAUAAGAAAGUACAUCACAUUAGAAGACGAUGGCGGCUGUGUCAUUGGAGGAGAUCGAAGCCUGCAAGACAAAUACUUGCUGAGGCUGGUGGCUGCAAUGGAGGAGGUGUUCAUGGAUAAACAUGGUAUCCACCCCAGCUUAGUAGCGGAUGUCCAUCAGUACUUUUAUAGACGAACUGGAGUUAUAGGAAUUCAGCCUGAAGAAGUGACUGCUGCUGCCAAGAAGGCUGUGUGUGAAAAUCGCCUUCACAAAUGCCUUGUGUGUGGUGCUUUGUCAGAACUCUUGGUUGCUCCAGAGUGGCUGGCCCCAGGGGGGAAGUUGUAUAACUUGGCCAAAUCUACCCAUGGCCAUCUGAAGCCCGAUAAAAACUACAGCUUCCCACUUAAUAACAUAGUUUGUUCUUACGACGCGGUAAACGAUGUGUUAGUCCCUGAUUUUAACUUGAGCAACUUAACCAGUUGCAAUUGGUGCCGCGGCAAUUCAGUCCGCAGGGUGAGAAGCGACGCCUCCAUAGUUUAUUUGGAUGGCGACAGAACUAACACCAGGUCUUAUGGAGGCAAAUGCGGCUGCGGCUUUAAGCAUUACUGGGAUGGUAAGGAAUACGAUAACUUACCCGAAGCAUUUCCUAUUACUUUGGAGUGGGGUGGAAGAGUCGUAAGAGAAACGGUCUACUGGUUUCAGUAUGAAAGCGAUGGAGCUUUCAACAGCAACGUGUAUGACGUUGCAAUUAAAUUGGUGACCAAGCAUUUUCCUGGAGAAUUCGGCAGUGAAAUUCUUGUGCAGAAAGUUGUAAACACCAUAUUGCAUCAGACUGCCAAAAAGAACCCCGAUGACUACACUCCAGUCGCCAUAGAUGGAGCUCAUGUACAGAGAGUGGACGAUCUUAAACUGGAGCAGGACUCUGAUUCACACUUGCCAACAAAAAUCAUUCUCACUGGCCAGAAAGCCAAAACUUUGCACAAAGAGGAAUUAAAUAUGAGUAAAACGGAAAGGAAGCUUCAGCAAAACAUUACAGAACAGGCAUCGGUCAUGCAGAAACGCAAAUCGGACCAGAUAAAACAAGAACAGAAAGGACAAGUUCGAUCCUCCUCCCCUGGGGCUAUGAAAGACAGCCCAUCAUCUGGCCCUUCAACUCCCACCAAAACCCCUUACUCCCCGACCUCCUCUAAAGAGAAGAAAAUCCGCAUUACAACCAAUGAUGGGCGCCAGGCAAUGCUCACCUUAAAGUUUUCAACUACGUUUUUGGAGCUUCAAGAGGGAAUAGCCAAAGAGUUAGAUAUUCCUCCUUAUUUACAGUGCAUUCGUUAUGGGUUUCCCCCAAAAGAGCUUCUGCCACCCAAGGACGGCUUUGAAAAUGAGCCUGUGCCGUUACAACAUGGGGACAGAGUUACAGUUGAGAUUUUGAAAGCCAAAGACAAACCAGUACAACAGAUGACAUCGCACUCCGCUCACGCCGUUUCCGAUGAGGAUUCUGCAGUAGCUACAAAAGCCAUUUCAAAGGAGCUUCAAGACCAAAUUGACAAAGAGAUGUACUCCUUGUGUUUGCUGGCAACCCUUAUGGGGGAAGAUGUUUGGUCUUAUGCUAAAGGACUUCCACAUCUGUUCCAGCAGGGAGGUGUCUUUUACAAUAUUAUGAAGAAAAACAUGGGAGUGGUGGAUGGAAAGCAUUGCACAUUUCCCUACUUGCCUAAUAAAACGUUUGUCUACAACGCUGCUGAAGAUAGGUUGGAACUUUGUGUGGAUGCAGCAGGGCAUUUCCCUAUUGGUCCUGAAGUUGAAGAUUUGGUCAAAGAAGCACUGAACCAAGUACGUUCCGAAGCGUCUUCUAGAAGCAGAGAAUCUAGUCCCUCACAUGGCUUGAUGAAGCUUGGCAGCGGUGGUGUGGUAAAGAAGAAGUCUGAGCAGCAUCACAAUGUAACAGCUUUUCAAGGCAAAGGGCACUCACUAGGAACCGCCUCGGGUAGUCCAGAACAUGGUCAGAGAACAAGAGCUCCAUCUAAGCCUAGCACUACAGCAAGCUUUAACAGUACUCCAAUAUACGAUCCUUCUUUUACUUCAACAGCUAGUGACAGCGAACUGAUCCGAGUAGCUCCUGGUGUCGUUACAAUGAGAGAUAGCAGGCAACUUGAUCCCAGCAUAAUAGAGGCUCAGCGGAAGAAAUUGCAAGAAAUGGUUUCUUCCAUCCAAGCUUCAAUGGAUAAGCACUUACGGGAUCAAAAUGCAGAGCCAUUGACCGUGUCAUCCGAUAUCGCUCAAAAAAAAGAAUGUCUUUCUUCAACGCCUGUGAGCGAUCCUUCAGUUGUGACUGUGGACACAAGUCGUGUAGCGUCAAACAGUAAUAAGGAAGGUUCCUUAUCAACAUCAGCUGUGAGGCCUAAAAUUAAAUCGUCGGCCUCAACAGAUCCGGAAGAGAUGGACAGCCAAGAUGCAGAAAUAGCCAAUGUAACUGAGCCCAUGGAUCAUUCAUGAUGGCUCAGAGGUUAUUAUGAGAAAAAGAUUAUACAGAAAAAUAUAUAUAUGUAUAAAUAUGUAGUAUGAUGGCUGGGCCACGGUGUGAAAUAGUCCUUUGCAUAAUUCUUUAAAAGAAUAUUAAACUCCUUUUCGCUGCA